CCCCUUCCCUUUCUUCUCCCCCCGCGAAAAACCUCCCGCCGCCGCCGCCGCCGCAGCAUCAGGGCCCCUAAACCCUAGCGGCCAUGGCGUCCUCCAUACUCUCCGACUGCUCCUCCUCCGCCACCUCCCGCCUCCUCCCGCUCCGCCGCGCCCUCCUCGCUCAGCCGUCCCGCUUCCGCCCGACCACCGCUGCCGCGCCGCCGCGGAGGCCCCUCUUCGUCGCCGCGCCGCUCCCGCGCACGGGCGGCAUGGCCUCGGUCUCCUCCUCCUCCUCCUCCGCCGCCGCCGCCUCCUCUACCGACUCAGCUUGUGCCAAGAUCAUUGACGGGAAGUUGGUCGCAAAGCAGAUACGAGAGGAGAUCGCUGUUGAAAUAGCCAAGAUGAAGGAUGCAAUCGGAAUUGUGCCUGGGCUGGCAGUCAUUCUAGUUGGGUCAAGGAAGGAUUCCCAAACAUACGUGCGGAACAAGAAGAAGGCAUGUGAGGCGGUUGGUAUCAAGUCGUUUGAGGUCAAUUUGCCAGAAGACAGUUCUGAGGAUGAGGUUCUUAAGCACAUAGCGACAUUUAACAGUGAUCCAUCGGUGCAUGGCAUCUUGGUUCAGUUGCCCCUGCCUCAUCAUAUGAAUGAUGAGAACAUUUUGAAUGCUGUCAGUAUUGAGAAGGAUGUUGAUGGGUUUCAUCCACUGAACAUUGGGCGACUUGCAAUGCAAGGUCGGGAUCCAUUCUUUGUUCCAUGCACCCCUAAAGGAUGCAUGGAGUUACUACACAGAUAUGGAGUUGAAAUAAAAGGGAAGAGAGCUGUUGUAAUUGGCCGGAGCAAUAUUGUGGGGAUGCCUGCUGCAUUAUUACUGCAAAAAGCCAAUGCAACUGUUAGCAUUGUACAUUCGAAUACCAAGAAGCCUGAGGAGAUAACAAGACAAGCAGAUAUUGUUAUCGCAGCAGUUGGAGUUGCUAACCUGGUCAGAGGGAGUUGGAUAAAGCCUGGUGCUGCUAUUAUUGAUGUUGGCAUCAAUCCAGUUGAUGAUCCAGAAAGCCCUCGAGGUUAUCGGCUGGUUGGAGAUGUGUGCUACGAGGAGGCCUCCAAGAUUGCAGGACUAAUCACGCCUGUUCCCGGUGGUGUUGGGCCAAUGACAAUUGCGAUGCUUUUGGCUAACACAGUUGAGUCAGCUAAAAGGAUACACAAAUUCAAAUAACUGUGCAACCCUUUAGUAAAAAAAUGGAUGAGCAUCCAUUUAAAAAAGGAUGCGUACUUAACCUUUGCUGUCGUCUACAACAUAAGGUUUUCUCAACCUUUCCGUGUGCCUUUUGUUGGACCAGGAAACGGCAACAAUAGUCAUAAAAUAAAUUUUGAUGAUGAGAUAUUUUUCCUGGCCAAAUACAGCGUCGUAUUUGGUAUCGAGGUAAAUUUGAGAUGUUAGUAAGCUUGGAUGAACCAUCCAUCCAUCUGAUGAGUAAUCAGUAUUUGUUUCCAUAAUUUGAUUGGGUACAAUGAGUGGAGGAUGCUUCUGGUCAUUGUGACUGCACAGGAGAGGGAAACAAACAAACAAGAGCUUCAAUCUAGUCUAGCCAGUUGUAUACUGGAUUUUAUUAGCUGUCAAUACUAUUUUAUGUAUGGUACACUGCACUGAUGGUUUUGUUUUGGUUCCUGCCAACUGGAGACUACUCAUAGCUGGAUAGAAUUUGCUCAUGAAUCAUUUCUUUUCUAAGGAAAGUUUGCCAUGCCAGUUUUUGUCCAGUUCUGUCACAAAUCAUACUAUAAUACUUGCAUUCCAAAGCAGGCCCCUUUGAUAUUUUUCUUUGAUGUAUCGAACUUAGAACUAUAAUAUGACCAUAGAG